AUGGAAGCUAAUACAUCGAAUACUAUACGUAUGGGACCUUGUAAUGUAACUUAAUAAGUUACAUCAAAACCAGAGUCUCCUUCAUCAUAAUCAUUAUUUGAUGAUGAGAAUGAAGUGCUUGAUUAAAAUAUGAUAAAGGAUAAAAUGCAAACAGUCAUAUGUUAAAGUCGUAAAGUAAAUUAAUAAUUAAGAAUAAGUCUGAUUAUAUAAAGAAUGCAAUAUUUUUUACGAAUAGAUCUUUGAGAAUGAUUGAAAAGUAGAAAACAUCGCAAUUUGUAAUAAAUUUUAGGAAACAAUACUUUAUUCAUAGAUUUAUAAACAAUCUAUUUACAAAUCUUUAUUUCAUGAAAUAGGAUUAAAAAUAAAAAAUAAUAGAAGCAUUAGAUGAAAAACCAACUUAAUAAUCUGCUAGAAAUAGUUGUAAAUAAAACAAUAUAUUAUAGGUAAGUAUAAUUAAAAAAAUAAAUGGAUAUUUUUACCCUCAACUCAUUUUAUAAUGAUUUGGGAUAUUUUUGGCCUUGUCUUUCAUUUAAUAAUGUUAUGGAUCAGUCCUUUUUUAUGUUCUUUCCAAGGUUUCCAUAAUAGUAUUUUAAAAUUCCUUUAGUCAAUAAUAUUGUUUUAUUUGAUCUUUGAUAUUCUAGUAAUGUUUAACAGAGCUAUAAUAAAGGAAGCAGUUAUAGUUUAUUAAAGAAGGGAGUUCAUAAAAAAUUAUUUAAAAUCUGAUGCUAUAUUUGAUUUUUUUAAUUUAGGUAUUUGGUUAUUACAAAAAUACUAAUUAUGUGAAUUGUAAUACAUGCAAGAGUUUCUAAUUACAAUUUAAGUGUUUUUGAUAUAUAAAAAAAUCUAAAGAUACAUAACAGAAUAUUUUCAAUAAAUUUAUUGUCGAGGGAGUUAGAAUUUUACAAUAGAUUUAAUAUCUUUAAUAAUUUAAAUUUACUAUUUUGCUCACAUCAUAGCAUGCAUAUGGCAUUAUGUAGGAUUUUAAAGUGAAAGUCUAGGUAAUUCCUGGUUAAUAAUGAAUCAUUUAGAAGAUAAAUCAAUUUGGAGUAAAUAUAAUGCUGCAUUUUAUUGGGCUACAAUGACAAUGACAACAGUUGGAUAUGGUGAUUUAGUUGCAAUAAAUGAGAUUGAAAUGAUUGUAGCAUCAAUAGUGAUGUUUUUUUCUAGUUGUGCUUUUGCUUAUACAAUGAGCUCUAUUGGGAUUAUAUUAAAAAAUAUAUAUGAUACUUAAUUAACUUAUAAGUAUAUAUAUUUAAUUAUUACUUUAAUAGAAAAAAUCUUAUUUAAAUUACUUAAUUUAUGUUGAAAAAUAAUGUAGAUGAAUAAAUAUAAGGGAGAAUUAGAAAUUAUUUAAAUUCAUAAUUAUAUUAAGAGAAAAAAGAGAAUAUGGAUGAUGUAAAUAAUAUCUUAAACUCACUUCCUUUUAAUUUAUAAUAAGAUUUAAAUUUAGAUAUCUAGGCUAGAGUUAUAAAGUAAAUUAAAUUAAUUAUCAAUCAUUUUUCUAAAUCUACUUAAAUUUAAGUAGCUAAAAAUCUUUAAUUAAUUUCACUUUUAGCUGGAGAUGUAGUUUAUAAAUAAGGAGAUUUAUAAGAAGAUAAUUUGUAAUAAUUAAUUUUAAAUUAAGAUAUUUUAUUCACAAAGGUGAAAUUAGACUAAAAGAAUUUUAAACUAAAACAACACUAAAAACAUUGUAAAAAAAUUAAUAUCUUGGGAUUUACUCUUUUUUUACUGGUUUUUCUCCUAAAGAGACAGCAAUAUGUAUUAGUCCAACAUAAUUAUAUAAAAUAAAUAGGAAAAAAUUCUUAGAGAUUAUUAGAAGCAAUUAAAAGGAUCAUGACAUUUUUCAUCAUAUCAAAGAUAAAAUUAUAUUUACAAAUAAUUUAGUAUUAUUUGAUUAUAAAUGUAAUUUUUGUAAUCGAUCUUUUCAUUUGGAAAUGGAUUGCCCACUAAUUUAAUAUAAGCCAGAUUUAGAAAUGAUAUUGAAAAAGGAUAGUUUUGUUGAAAAAUUUAAUUGUAGAGUUUUUUAGAAACGAAAAAACAAUAAACAUAAUACAUUAGGAUAUUUGAAUAAAUUAAAUCUAUCUAUAAAUUAAUUUUAAGAAGAAUAAUAAAUUUAACUUUUUAGAGUAAAUGAAAACAAUUAAAAUGAUAAUAUUUCAGAGGUAGUACUACAGAAUUCACCAUAAAUGAUAGGAUAAAAUUUAUAAAAUUUUAGUAUAAUUAGUGAUGAAGAUCAACAUUCAGAAAGGAUACGUACACCAUAACAAAAUUCAAAAUAAAUGGUUUAACAGUAAAUAGUAAAAGUACAUCAUAGUAUAUUUAUCUUUUUUAUUAUAGGAUCUUCAUUAUAAAAGAUAAAAGUUGGUAAAAUAGAAUAGAAAAUAUCUAAAAGUACAUUUGCCCCAGUAACAGAUCAUUCGAAUGGAUCUUUUAGCAUUUUAGAUGAAGUUAAACAUAUGUUUAAUUAUUAAAAUACUUUUAAUUUAGAUAAAGUAAAUUUUAUAAGUUUUUCAUACAUGCCUCAAUAUAGUUUAGAAUCAUAAUUGAAAUAAAUGGUAAAAACAAUGAAAAGGCAAAAUUAAAGACUUCAAAGAAUAUAUGAGAGAUUUGAGAAAUAUACUUUUUUUCAUUAAGCAAAGCAAUUAUCUUUGAAAUUAAGAGUUUAUUACAAAAGAAGUAAGAAAAUAACAUUGUAAUGA